CUGACCUCACAAUCAACAGAGAUUGGUCUUCAUAAAUGGUACAGUCUUUGUUUUAAAUGUUUCCUUGUGUAUUACCCUGAUCAUAUUCAAAUCUUCACGCCUGUAUGCCUGGUGCAUGGUAACCAAGAACUCGUGUAUCUCAUUUGAAUGUUGUAAAUCCUCUAAUAGCCGUGUCUGACUUCUCCCAUUGUUUGUCAUUUGUCGCAUCAGUUAAAUGAACGUAUUCAUACUGACGUUUGGAAGGAAAUCUGUGGUCCGCGGAGUAUUUUCGGCUUUUGCAGACAAAGAAAUUAUCAUUGCAGGUUCCAUAAAAUGAAUGCUAUUCAGAAAUGACAAAAUUUCGAUAGGAGAACAUUUCGGUUAGACUGCCACAGCGCUGUAUGCAAGAUUUAAGCCGUCAUGCAGGGUUCUCUUCCAGAUCCAAUGCUGUUAAUAAUAAUUGUUUCGUUAUUUCGUGGGAUCUAUUCACAAUCCUCCCUGCCAGGCAACCCAAUCCUCGGCCUUGUUGACUCAACGAACGAGGGCGAUACGGUGACCUUGACUUGUACGUCUUAUGGAGGCAAUCCACUACCUACUGUCCGGUGGUAUAAAAAUACACUACUGGUGGAUGCAGGAAGUAGUCCAAAUGGAAACGGAGACGGCGUGUAUACAUUUGGAUCCACCACUGCGACUUACAACAACUACACUUUCCAAGUGUCAAGGUCGGAUAAUUCUGUGUCCUAUAUCUGCAAGGUCAACAGUUCUUCGUUAUCAAGUGAACUUGCACGAUCCCUGAAUAUAGAAGUAUACGUCCCCGCUGGUAGUCCCGUCCUCGCUGGACCCGUUCCAGCAGCAACAACAGCACUUGAUGUCGGUAGAACUUAUAAUUAUACCUGUCUUGCCAGUAAUGGAUACCCAGUCGCAAAUAUCAACUGGAAAUUGGGUACCUCGGUCGAAAACUCUCUAGAUCUGCAACAGGGAGUGUCGGGAAGAACGAUUCGAGUGUCCGAGAGCACAGUCACCAAUGCGGAUAGUACUCUGACCAAGAGUAGUUUACUUAGUUGGGUUCCUAUCGCUGAUGACAACGGAAAGAUUCUGUUCUGUGUAACGACUCAGAAUUCAGCAUCAGGUGGAACCAUUACAAAAACAGCCAGUUCAGCUAUCUUUGUACAGCAAAUCCCCAUUGUGCAGAUCAUGAAUAGUAGUUACACCGUUGAAGUUGGCCAGACGGUGCGUUUGGGUUGUGAAGUUCAGACAGCAUUGCCACCAGCAACAAACGUCUACUGGAGUAGACUGAUCAAUGGCGUCUACAACAGGAUAGCAAUUGAUAAUGUGCGGUUUUUCGGGUCCACUACUAGUAAUGCUAACUUAACCAUUACCAAUGUUGUACUCAGUGACGCUACAAGCUACCAGUGUUCCGCAACUAACACCGCGGGAACAGGCAACAGUGGUGCCACCACACUGAUUGUGACCGGAAGUGAGUAUUAGUUGACCUUUGACUUGUACAUAUAUAAUAAUACAUAAAAUAUGGUAAUUUGAUUUCUUACCUUGCAUGAGAUAUCUAUAUUGUUUUUAUGUCUCACACACUACUAACCUUGCGCUAUGCGUGAUGAAAUGUAACAUGUACCCUUUACACUGAACAUGAAAUCUUCCUGUCAUUGCUCUGGGGAAGAUUCAGUUCUGUGUAGAGGGUUAUCGGGACUUAAUGAUGUGCUUGGGUUACUGACCGUUACUGGUACACAUUCAUCUACCGCUCAUCUCGCUAUUGCACGAUCCUCCUUCACCAUGUUGGAAAUACCUUGAGUAAUCCAUGAUUUUUUUUCAGGAGAUUGUAUACAUGUACAUGUAGUUGUUUUGUUUUGUUUUCUGCAGCAGUGUGAGUAUAAAUAACAUAUCAUGCAAUACUGCUGUACAGAAAAUUUCAAAUGAUGUGGUGCAAAUGUUUUCUUUCUCGAAAACUUUAAACAUUUUACUCUAAGAUUUUCCAGGUUUUUUCGUAGUCUUUUGCAGCUUUGUGUGUCAAGGGUUGAAUCUUCGAAACCAAUAAAG